AUGGCCGUGGGGCUGAGAGCCCUGAUCCUGCUGCCCCUCUGCUUCCCAGGUCUCCAAGGCCAAAAUUCUGAAGCCCAGAGACGACGGGAAGGGGGCACUCUGUAUAUCCAGUGUUCUUAUGCACGGAGGGUUGCUGGUAGGGAUACAAAAUACUGGUGCCUCCUGAAAGAUGGAGGCUGUGAAAAAAUAGUGAACACAUACUCUGAAUACACGCGACAAAACAAGGAUAAGAGAACUCAAAUAAGUGAUGACAUCACUAAUGAGACUGUGUCCAUCACCAUGACUGACCUCAAGGCAGAAGACUCAGGCACGUAUUUCUGUGCUUACUAUGAUUACUCCUAUGGAUACAUACCAAUAAGGACGAUCUCCCUGAAUGUUUUCAAGGAGCUGCUCAUGUGGGAGUUGGACACUCUGUCAGUGCAGUGCCCACAGAUUUAUGGCACAGCCUGGUGCCGGAUGGGGCAGACUAUGCAGUGCACAAAGAGACAAACGUCCUCAUGGAGGAGUGCAUCUAAAUCCCUGCAAGACAGAGUAUCAAUUGAGACUAAUGCUCAAAGGAUUCCCAUUGUCACCAUGAAGCAGCUGCAGAUCUCAGACUCUGGUGUGUAUUGGUGUGCAGGGGGCUCUGGGCUCACCCGGACGUUGGAGGUCGUGCUCUCUGUGUUCAAGAGGACCCAGCAGCUCUCAGCCAAGGUGUCAGAAACCAUCUCAGUCCAGUGCCACUACAAGAUCACAGACUACGGCGCUGUCACCAAAGCCUGGUGCAAAAUGGAGGGGGAAACGUGCAACGUGCUGGCCACCACCAGCUCAGAGCCCUCAGCAGAGAACAGCACAGCUCGGGACAGUGUCAGGAUCCAGGAUGACAGGCAGCAGGGCAUUGUCACUGUCACCAUGCAGCAGCUGCAGCUGCAGGACUCGGGCGUGUACUGGUGCGCGCUGCAGGAGCCCUCCGCUCUGUCCCGCAUGGAGGAGGUCACACUCAGCGUUUCCAGGGCACAGCCUCAGGGACGUCUUGCAGACACUGAAAAUAAAAGUCAAGAUACUCUUGUGGGUGAAGCCAGGUGCAGUGACAGCACCUUCAUCAUCGUGACCGUGGUGCUGCUCCUCCUGCUGCUCCUGUCCCUCGUCACCUCCACAGCCCUGGGUGUCAGGCACUACAAACUCCUGCUGAGAACAGGUAACAGAGAAGCAGAGGACACCAGAGACAGAGCACAGGGCACAGCACAGCCUGGCAGCACUGGGAGGAGGGAAAGUUCUGACAGCAAAGAGUCAGGAUACAUCAACCUGGAUGUGCAAACCCAGCCCAGCCCCGAGGAUCCUCUCUACUGCAACGUGGAGCCCAGCCAGGCUCCCAGGAACCCCCAGUGUGUGGAAUACGCCGUCAUUGCCUUCAACCAGUCCCCCAGGAGCACCAAGGAAUGAGGAACAGAGCCCCAAACCAGCCAGAAAUGGGGGAAUGAACUGGGAUAGAGUGGGAAUGGGGAGCAGGAGGUGUGUGCAUGGAUGAGCUGUUUUUGAUGAGCAUUUUCAGCCCUCCCUCCUGUUUCAGCAGAGGUUUUGCCACACUCAGGUGGGGCAUUCCCAGGAUCUCUUGUACAUUUGCUUUUCCAGUUCCAUUAAAGUGCAGUCUUGGAGG